AUGCUUAACUCCAUCCAUAAGGAUCAGCCGUACUUCCAGGACAACAAGCGAAAAGUCCUUAACCCCUCGAAAACCCGUUUGAACAACUGCAAUAUCUCAGCACGGUUGUCUGUCACCGAAUCUCAACUAGACGGCAUCCUCACCAAGUUCUGGGAGGUGGAGGAUGUUCCAGUGAAGCCGGGUAAGAAAUCCAGCUCGGUGUGUGAAAAUAAUUUCCAGCAAACCACCACAAGGGAUAAAGAAGGAAGGAAUGAAGUACGGCUGAGUAAAAACGCUCCUUUGAGAGAACAGUAUAACUCAGUUAUUCAGGAAUAUUUCGAUUUAGGUCAUAUGCACCUAAUCUCUCCAAAUGACACCAGCAAUUUUUACUUGCCGCACCACGCGGUUUUCAAGCCAGACAGUACCACCACAAAGGUUCGCUUGGUGUUUAACGCCUCCAAUAAAUCGUCAAACGGGUACAGCCUAAAUUAUAUCCUUCAUACAGAUUUGGUACUGCAAUCUGAUUUGACCACCCAGAUCCCCAAAUGGCGUUUCUUUAAAUACGUCUUCAAUGCUGACAUCACUAAGAUGUAUCGGCAGAUUCUCGUCCAUUCCGAUCAUACACGUUUCCAAAGAAUCCUGUUCCGCGAUAAAGGGGGAAAACUCUGUGAUUAUGAGCUCAACACUGUCACUUUCGGCGUUAACUGUGCCCCUUUUUUGGGCAUACGCGUGCUUCAACAACUGGCUCACGAUGUACGUGACCAAUAUCCUUUGGCAAGUGACAUAAUUUCUAGAUUUAUGUAUGUCGAUGAUGUUUUAGCCGGCCCCGACACGCAACAGUCCGCUGUUUCAUCCAUCAAAGAGCUCCCCGGUGCCCUAGAGAGUGCGGGCUUUCCACUGCGCAAGUGGACCUCAAACGAGAAGAAACUUUUACAGGGGAUUCCAAAGGAACACAUGAAUAGGACCGACUUUCUGGAGUUGGAAGACGCCAGUAUGGCAAAAACUCUGGGAAUCCAUUGGCACGCGACAUCGGAUAGUUUCCUCUUUCUGCCGAUGGAUAUUUCUCUCCAAACAACCUACACCAAACGAGAGGUUUAA